AUGGAGCCGGAUGAAAUCAGGUUCCAUAUCUUCAGUAUGCCUGUUGAUAAGUAUUCCAGAAUAUUAAUGCCUUCCGAAAAACUGGAGCAGUUUGAUGCUUGUCCGGCCACAGUUCUCGAGGCUUUUUUCCUCUAUCUUCGAUUUGAGAAGCCGGAAGAGAGAAUGGUUGAUUUGCAUGCUUCCGUGGCUGGUGUUGACUAUUUGCUCACAUGGAUGUUGCUGGCUAUUUUGCUAUCAUGCCACCACAUGAACACCUUACAGUUAUGA